CGAUAACGCGGGUUGCCAGGACGAAAAGAGUUGUGAAUCGGGUACGUGCACCUGUCCAGCUGGUUCAACCUGUGACGGAGCAACUACCCCGGCCACAAGAAUGCAAGGGACUCUUCAAUGUCAUUCCUGUUCGACUAACUCCAUAACGGAUGUUUGCUCUACUGCUGAUGACCUUGCAAGCGGUUCCGGAGUAUCAACUGUUACAUGCUAUGAAGGACAGCGUUGUUGGACUGAUCAUUAUGCAAACUCAUCACACACGGUUGUGUCGCGUGGAUGUACAGAUGAGCCAUGUGAAGACUUGCAUGAAGGUGGUGGACCUUAUUGCACUAUGGCUAAUGGUGUUACCAGUUGCACAUCCUGUUGUACUGAAUCAAAAUGCAACGACAACAAAUCCAGCUCUGAGGGUCUCACUUCUAGCUGUGUGACAUGGCUGACAUCUCUUUUCUCAGUGGUCAUCAUGCUCAUCACUUAUAGAACCUAACAAAACUCAAAUGUCAAAAGCUGUCCUCAUAUUACCAUUUAUUAUAACAGUCACUCCAUUCACAAUCAUAAUGUUAAUACAUUGUAUAUUGACUUUUGUAAUUGAUGAAAGACUAAUGGUUGAACUAGGAUAUUUUGAAUAAUCAUACGGAUAAUAAGAUUUAUGUGAAAUUUGAAAUAUGAUUUUUUUUUAAAUCAAAAUAUGGCAAGCACUUAUGUACUCAAUCUAAUAACAAUAAUAAUAAUAACGAUACUAGCAACAAUAUUAAUCAUAAUAUUGUGUCGUUUAUUAAACCAGGAAAGUAUUGUGAGAUAAACGCACGAUAAUGCAAAAUCAUAUUUAAUAUUUAUUAUUGGCCACUAAGCAUGUUAAUAAAUCAGAAAAAUUAGCAAUAUUGCGAUAUACAAAAUCAAAUAAUAACACUUUAAAAAGGAAACAACUAUUUCUUACAACCAAACCAUCAGUGUUUGCAAAAGUAAGUAACAUACUUUUGUUUUAUAAAUAAGUAUUGAUUGAAUAAAACAUUGAAUUGAAAAUAAAUGAAAUCACUUUUAGAUUUGGUAAGAUUUCUUCUAUUAUACAUAUUUAUCAUUAGAAAAGUUUAGAAUAUCUUUAAUGUACUAUUCACGUUAAACAAGACUUAAAAUCCGUCCUGAAUUUUCUGCAUGGACAUAUUCUUAAAAGUACAUUAAAAUGCAGAAUAAAGACGUUCAAAAACGAUUUAUAGUACCUUGAAGUUUUCAAAUUUUUGGUAGAUUUUGUGCCCUUACCAACUGUAAUAUAAACAAUGAAUGGAAAGUAUUUGAUUAAAUUAAAUUUGUAUUAUAGGAAAAA